AUGCUGGGGAACUCUCAGCAAGACGGAGCGUGCAAGAAGUCCUUCUCACCCACAAAAGCAAGAGUUACUUUGAAAGUUGUUGGAAAGAGCACUUGCACCAUUGUCCUUCUCACCAUCGCUGCAGUCACAGGAGCUACAGGGAACAACAUAGUGACCACAGCAGGUAACAGCUCAGUUCUCACCUGCCUUAUCAAAGGACAAAUAAGUAGGCUAACAUGGACAAUCACCCCCAAGGUUGGAGGCCCUUGCACCUUGGUAUACAGGACUGAUACGAACAUGACACACAGAGCAAACUGCAGUGACAACAUAAACUGGAAGUUCAGAGCAGAUCUGGCUCCUGCCCUUGAGAUACAGCAAGUGGGAAUAGCCCAGGAGGGAAAUUACAGCUGCGAAGUGGCAUCAACAGAUGGGAAUUUCCGCAUGACGUACCAUCUGACUGUGCUGGCCCCGCCGAGGCUGAGCGUGUACUGCGAUGAGCAGGGCAGCCCUGUGUGCGAGGCAGCGGCGGGGAAGCCGCCGGCUCAGCUCUCGUGGGUCCCAGGGAGCAGCUCCAGUGCGGAGGAGCGGUGCCACGACAACGGGACAGUGACUGUUCUCAGCAAGUUCACAGCGUGUAGCACCCAUGGAACCAAUGUGACCACGUGCAUGGUGUCCCACGCAGCUGGGAACUGGAGCCAGGCCAUAGCCUGCUGUCCCCCAGAGAAGAGUGCAUACUUUCUUCACUGUUUCAUCAGCCUCAUCGGCCUCACGAGUCUCCUCUUCUUAAUGGGUGCUUUUCAGCUCUACACUUUCUUUAAUAGCUGUGACAACACCAUGACCAGGGGCAACUACUUCGAGCUGGCUCCUUCAAGCCAUUGA